GGCGUCUGCCCUCAGCCAACAUGGCGCCCGCUCGGAAGUUGCCGAAGCGCUAGAUGUUGCCGAAGCAGGUCCGGAAGUUGCCGAGCGAGUCCGGAAGUUGCCGAAAGAGAGCAGCGGGGAAGGAGGAUGGCGGAUAUCAUCGCAAGACUCCGGGAGGACGGGAUCCAGAAGCGUGUGAUACAGGAGGGCCAUGGCGAGCUCCCCGACUAUCGGGAUGGAACCAAGGCCACGUUCCACUACCGGACUCUGCACAGUGACAAGGACGCCGCCGUGCUGGACGACAGCCGGGCGCGCGGCAAGCCCAUGGAGCUCAUCAUCGGCAAGAAGUUCAAGCUGCCUGUGUGGGAGACCAUCGUGUCCAGCAUGCGGGAGGGCGAGAUCGCCAGCUUCCACUGCGACGUCAAGCACGUGGUCCUGUACCCGCUGGUGGCCAAGAGUCUCCGCAACAUCGCGGCGGGCAAGGACCCGAUGGAGGGCCAGCGGCACUGCUGUGGCGUGGCCCAGAUGCACGAGCACACGUCGCUGGGCCACGCCGACCUGGACGCCCUGCAGCAGAACCCCCAGCCUCUGGUCUUCGACAUCGAGAUGCUGAAGGUGGAGAGCCCCGGCACGUACCAGCAGGACCCCUGGGCCAUGACGGACGAGGAGAAGGUGAAGGCGGUGCCGCUCAUCCACCAGGAGGGGAACCGGCUGUACCGCCAGGGCCAGGUGCAGGAGGCAGCCGCCAAGUACUACGACGCCAUCGCCUGCCUCAAGAACCUGCAGAUGAAGGAGCAGCCCGGCUCCCCCGACUGGAUCCAGCUGGACCAGCAGAUCACGCCCCUGCUGCUCAACUACUGCCAGUGCAAGCUGGUGGCGCAGGAGUACUACGAGGUCCUGGACCACUGCUCCUCCAUCCUCAACAAACAACGUGAAGGCCUACUUCAAGCGGGGCAAGGCCCACGCGGCCGUGUGGAACGCGCAGGAGGCCCAGGCCGACUUCGCCAAGGUGCUUCAGCUGGACCCCACCCUGGCGGCCGUGGUGAGCCGGGAGCUGCGCGCCCUGGACACCCGGAUCCGGCAGAAGGACCAGGAGGACAAGGCCCGCUUCCGGGGCAUCUUCUCCCACUGAGUGGCCACCCCGCGGGCCCCCCUUAUGGCUUCUCUGUACAUAAACACCUUGUUCUCUCACGGACUGCCCGGCUGACUCCUGCGGUGAGCUGGGGUAUGUGGGUGCUUGCGGAGGCCCAGGCUCGGGGCCCUCAUAGGAAUGAGGAGAGCACUGUGGAAAGAGCCGGGGUGCCCAGAGCCACCAGCCAGGCACGUGCUCGAGGGGUCUCCCACACAGCGCCCUGCCCCUGAACCCCAGGUGUCCGUCGGCGUCAAGGCCAGAGGUUCCCGUGGGAAGCCUUGCUGGGACCCCGAUGCGGGGGGCUGUGCAGACCCUGCCCUGAGAGCCGGAGGCCCAGGUUCUAGCCCGGCCCCUCACUGCCCUGCAGGG